AUGCCGAUCGAUACGCCAGCAUGCUUUUUGUAUGUGAACGAACCAUGCAUUGUUGUUGGAAGAAAUCAGAACCUUUGGAAUGAGGUGGAUCCACAUGCUAUGCGAGCGAAUCAUGUUCCUGUAGUGCGACGACUCAGUGGCGGCGGCGCUGUAUACCAUGACUCAGGGAAUAUGAACUUUUCUUUCCAUACGUCGAAAACAAACUUUGUGCGCGCCACACAUACAGAUCUAAUUACGCGGGCGCUGAGCGCACCGCCCAUUGCUCUUCCCAGUCGAUUUGGGCGGGCGCCUGUUUUCCGGACAGAGCGAAAUGACUUGGCUGUAUUGGAUGUGGGUGCGACAGAUGCAUCUGAUGCAUAUGUACGGAAGGUGUCCGGCAGCGCAUAUAAGCUCGCUAAUCGACGUGCAUAUCACCAUGGAACCUUGUUGCUCGCUGCAGAUUUGCAACGCAUGUCCAUGUUGAAGCAACGGCGCACGCAUAUUGAGUCGAAGGCUGUCGCGUCCGUGCCGUCACCUGUUGCCAAUCUCGUGGACACUUUUCCUGCACAUGCGCAGCGGCUAACGUGGCCAAACUUGGUGGAUGCGAUUCAUGCUGAGUUUGAGCGAACAUAUGGGAGCAGCAAGCGGAUCGAUGUGGAUAAUUCAUUCCUCGACGCGCAAGCAUCAGACGGUCGUCGCGACGUGUGUGUCCGCACUAGGUACGAGGAAAUGCGUGGCUGGGAUUGGCUCUAUGGCUCUUCACCUCCUUUUACUGUGAGAGUGUCGACACAAGAUGUACCCUUCAGCGAUGUGGAUGAUGUCCACGUGGCAGUGAGCCUGCAUCUUUCGUGCGUGCACGGCAUUAUAGAGCAUGUCGAUGUCUGCUCGUCAGAUACCCGAGUCGCUGAGGCUGCACAUGCGCUUGCGGGUGCGCCUUACGAUACUGUGGCUUGUGCGCCGCCAUCGUGUGUGCUACCAAGGAAUUGGAAUAUAGACAACAGACUACGUGAAUGGCUAGCUCGUGCAUUGUAA